UCCCAUCUGCUCCGGCCAGCUUGAGGCGCUGUCCGCGGGCUUCUGCGAGGUCUGCAGCCCACAGUAUAAUUACAAGUACAGGUUUUGCUAAGAGGUGGAGUAUUUUGAGGACCUUUUCCCUAAAAGGGAGGGGGCUGAAAGGAAAAGGCGGACCACAGAAAGGGCUGCCGUCCAGACCACUCCGAAGCCGAGGCCUUAGGGCCUCCAUUUUUUUUGCCGCCAGAAUAAAGAAACCCGUCCAGGCUCCUGGGCCUCGGCGGAGGAGGGCUGCGCUCAGUCCCGGGAAGUAGCAGUUUGAGACAGGUCACAGGCGAAACGAGGGCGCCGGGGAGAAAAAAGCGGAUUUGUCCCUCGAUCCUCAGACUCGGUUAUAAAAUAUUUAAGAGUGAAAAAGGGAUUGGCGGGUGCCCGGCCCGAGAUGAGUCUGGAGUCCUUGUUUCAGCACAUCAUCUUCUCUGAGCACCGGGCGGAGGAGAGUCGCCGCUUGCUGCGAGAAGUGAGGUCGGAGAUAAACAGAUGUCGUGAAAAUAUUAAGAAAGCGGCAGAGGAGCUGAAUGAAGAGAAAAUCAAGUUGGAAUCUAAGGUUCAGCAGUUUUCUGAAAAAGCCUUCCUCCUACAGCUUUUGAAAACUCAUGAAAAUGCCUUAAAAAGACAGUGCAGUGAAAUUACAAACGAAAAGAAUAUGCUCCUUCAAGCCUUUGAGGCUACAAAGAGAAAAGUGACAGAGGAGGAGGAAAAAUUUAUUAAGGAAAUUACAGACUUCAAUAAUGAGUAUGACAUAACAAAGAAACGAGAGCUUUUGGUGAAAGAAAAUAUCAAGAUUGAAAUAUCUGACUUAGAAAACCAGGCAAAUAUUCUGAAAAAGGAAAUGAAAUCAGUGGAACAUGAUAGUGACCAAUUAAAUGAACUUCAAAAACAAAAGAGUGAAUUAAUACAAGAAUUAUUUACUUUGCAGAGAAAGCUCGAAGAUUUUGAAGAUAAAAAAAAUGAAGCUGUUCGUACUACCAAAAAUUUAGAAGCAGAAAAAAUAAAAAUCACUGAAAAACCUCAGAAUGAUGCUGAAUGCUUAAGACUUAAAAAGGAAUUAGAACUUUAUAAGGAAGAUGACAUGCAAAGUGUUUAUGAUGCCCUUCAAACAGAAAUAGAAUUUUUGGAGUUGACAUUGGCACAGAAAGAUCUUCAGGAAAUAAAUAACUUGUAGAGAGUUGAUCAGCUAUCUAAGAUUUGAUCAAAACAUCUUAGUGUCAUUGUGAUAGAUACAUGAAUGAUACCCAUUACAACAGAUUCUUGUGGAAAAUGUGAGGUCCACAAUGCUCAGAUUUGUUGAAAUCUAGAAUUGGUAUAUUAGCACUUAAAAAAAUAAUUUUGCAGUUUUAUUACCUACUAAAACCUAAAGGGUUUUUGAUGUGGCUUUAUUGUGUUUCUAUAGGAAGAAGAAAGGAGAAAUAGAUAUUGGGCCCUCAGGCUUCUUACAUCCCCCUGAACCUUAAGCUGAUCUGUACUUUCUAUGUUGUUUAUUCUUUGUUGCAGUUUACCUUGAAUCCAGUCAAACACAUGUAGGAAGAAAAGCUCAGAUUUUUGACCCAAUUUUGUCAGUGCCAUUUGCACCAACAAAGAUGCUUCCUUUCAUUUUAGUCCUUCUCUAAUCAUACGAUGUCUGUUGACAGAGGUCUUCAGAGGCCUUUCAUCUGCAAAAGCCAGUUUCCUCCAUUUUUCUUUAAAUUUUUCUGUAGAGUCAAGUCUGGGGCACCUGUAGCCACUUUUCAGCAGUUUGUGCUGCCAGUUUUCUUCCUAAUGCCAGUGUUGGUUAAAAUGAAAUGUCAUCUACUUGGGGAUGUAGAGAGACUCCUUAUAGCCGUCAGGAUUCCUUUUUGUUGGUGGCCUGAAAUACUGAAAAUGAAAACAGUGUUCUUAUGUUGGAAUCAAAUUCGGUAGUGCCACCAAAUUUCCAACAUCAGAUAUCGUUCUGCUGUUAGCAAUCCUAACUAGGAAGAAAAGUAUGUUUUCAACAAGGCCCUAAAUUGUGGUAGAGGAGGGAGGAGAACAAAACCUGUUUAAGGGUAUUGCUCAAAGUACUGAAUGCAAAUGUUUUCUUUUGUGGUUGUAGUUGAAUUAGUUUAAUAUCAAAUAUGAGAUGUUUACAGAUGUCUUAGAUCUACUGAUAUUUAAGGUAGUCCUGUUUGAAAUCAGGUCUUAUCUGGGCAUAGCUUCUUGCAUAGAUUGCUUUACAAUUUUUUUUUUUUAAGCAGCAAAGUUAAAAAUCUCCUUUGAGAUGUGUAGCA